CCUCAGGGUCCGUUCCAACUCUACAAUUAUAUGAUUCUGUGAAAUAUUCACCCCAUUUUACUUCUUUUGUUUUAGAUCAUAUGAUAAUAGCAUUUUCUGUUUCUAUGGUCAUUGGACUUGUGAUCGGAGGCAUAAUCUGGGCUUUGCUGGCUUGCCUGUCUAGUCGCAGAGCCAGUGCCCAUAUUUCCCAGUGGAGCACCUCAUCCUCCAGCCGGCGUCCCAGAGCUUCUCGUGGAUCUUCUGCCAGCAGGCCAGGAUUUUAUCGCAACAGCAGCUGUGAACGCCGCAGUAACCUCAGCUUGGCCAGCCUGACCUUCCAAAGGCAAGCUUCCUUGGAGCAGGCCAACUCCUUCCCAAGGAAAUCAAGUUUCCGAGCCUCAACGUUUCAUCCCUUCUUGCAGAGCCCCCCGCUUCCUGUAGAAAUGGAAAGUCAGGUGAUUACUUUGGUACCAGCCACCACCACCACCACCCUUACUGGGACCACCACCAACAGCCUAUCUCGUCCCGAGUUCCACUGGUCCAAUAAUAGUCUUCGUGUCUCCAACUCAACACAAACACCACCUCCUGCUUACGACUCUAUCAUAAAGGCGUUCCCAGACUCUUGACUCCAAUUCUUGGGGAUGUAUGUAUAUAGAAAGAAUCUCAGUUGUAUGAUUUUCUGUGGGCUCUAUGAAGACACCUUUGAAGUCUACCAUUGCAAGGACCUGCAGUGCUGAGACCCAAGUGAUAGUUCUGUGUCCCUCUAUGAUAGGCAUUUGCUGGAGUGAAACCCUGAUGUCUCUUUCAGCGACAAAUACCUCUCUUGUGCUAGUAUUCACAAUGGUCUGCUGCAUCAUGGUGUGUUUAUAUUUGCAUUGUAACCAUUGCCUUUAGUUUAGAUGCAGACUUCAUCUAGUCUAUCACAUUGACUCAUUUCUGGAGACACAGAAUGUAAAAAUAGUUUUCUUUGUAGAUAGUCUCCAAUUAACCUUAAACACAGUGAUGAAAUUGCUGUUUUUAUUUAGGGUUUCUUUUCUUUUCUUGGUCAAAGCAUUUUCCUUUGGGCAUUUUGAUAUACAAAAUAAAUAAAUAAAUCCUACCACUUGUUCAUCAGUUGGCCAUAGUGCCAUGUGAUUACAAGAUCUACAUGAUAUUUUAAAAACAGAUGUAAAUAGCUUAGUAUUUGUUUUAUAUUUCUGUGGGCUAAGAUCCCCGAUUUAUGUUUUAAGAUCUUUCUAGUUGGAACCAUUGUCUGAUGAAGGCUGCUAGCUUGCACAUGCUUUCCUAGGAGUAAGCCUCAUUGAAUUCAGAGGCUAAACGUCAGGGUAGAUAUAAGAAAAAUCUGCUAGAGUAGGGGUUCCCAGACUGUGGUCUGCGAGCUUCUUUCAGGUAGUCUGUGGCGUGUCUCUGAAGAACCCUUCCAAUUUGAGUUCUAUUGAAUUCUAUGGAAUGCAAAAUGUAACAUAGUAAAAUGCAAUGAUCAGAAAUAAAAGAAACAAUCAAAACACAAUCAAACAUUGUACAGCACAUUACAUUUGUGACAACAGGCAGGAAAAUAUAAUUAAGUGGCCUGCCCAGAGUCUCAACAAUUUCCAAGUGAUCCAUGGGGGUGGGGGGGUGGAAACCACUGCCCUAAAGCUUUAAAAAAAAAUGUGUGUAAGGAUGUCAAUGUUAACCCCAGGAUGAGGGGCUUCCUGAGCCAAUCCCUCCUAUAAGCCUCCUAAGCAUGGGAAACAUCAGAUUAAAUUCACGGCCUGUACUCUUUUAAAGGAAAACAUCGUGAAAAUGAUGUUUAGAUGGCAUUUAACGCCUGUUAAAUUAGCCAAAAUCAAUAAAUCCAAUAACAAAAAAUGUUGGAAGUGUAAUGUUAAAGAGGGAAACUAUUAUCAUCAGUGGUGGCUUUGCGAAAAGGUGAAAGUUUAUUGGGUGCAAAUAUAUAAUGAAUUGAAAAGAUUAUUAAGAUAUACUUUCCCAAAAAAAACCCGAGGAAAUGCUAUUAGGGAUACUGAGCAGGAACAUUAAAAAGGAGGAUCACAAACUCUUCAUGUAUUCCACCACCGCCGCAAGAGUUAUCUUGGCCCAGAGGUGGAGAACGACUGAAAUACCGACUAUAGAGGACUGGAGAGAGAAAAUGCUAGAAUAUCUGCAGUUGGCUAGGCUAACGGGAAGAAUAAGGGACCAAAAGGAGCAAAAGUUCCAAAAGAAAUGGAAUAAAUUUAUAGAGUAUUUGAAGGAGCAUGGUAAGAUAUGAAACGCCUGUAGGUCAACAUUAUAAAAUGCAACAGCUUAAAGUAACCUAAGUCAAAAACCUAUGUUUAAUUUGUAAGAUAAUCUGUGACGGGUAUAACUUUAGAGAGCGCAAAACUGAAUAAAUGGAAGAACAAGCCUGAAAGAGAGAGAGGUGGAAGUCGACCAUAAGAGGAGCAGAAUAAAAACAAUUACUGAAAGGGAAAGGGAACUGAAACAAACAAGUUAUAAAACGAAGUUGAUAAAUUGUAACAAUUCUUAAUUUAUUUAAAAAAUGACAAGACACAUCCUGGAAUUUGUAUACUCUUUAUUCAACCUUUUUUGUAUUGAAAUGUUUCUUUCCGAUUCUUGCUGAUGUAUGUAUAGGAAAAGCCAAUAAAAACGAUUAUGAAAAAAAAAUAAAAAAAAUAAAAGCCUCCUAAGCAUGAAAUAAAAGAGUUGUGCGAAGGAGAAGUAGAUAUAUGUCAGUCCUGCUUCCUCUUUCACUGUGAUGAGUGUUGCUGCUUUUAUUGGGAUGUUGCCAUCAAAUCACAUAAUGUUAGAUUCUGAGCUGGUUUCAAUGCAAUCCAAUGCUUGCAGACUGUCACAGUUUUCAGUUUGGCAAUAAUCAUGCCUUGGGUUAACCUCAUUGUCUAUGAUACUGCCACUGAUAUUAUUAGUGUUCCUAGGAAUAUGUCACUGCAAUGAAAAAUCCCUGAGCCUUUAUUCUGUUUGCAUUCCCUGCUGAGAUCAAUACGCUUGCUGUUCAGAAGAGAGUAAGAUUUCCUCCAGAGUGCAUAGAUAAUUUGUUCAGUCUGUGUUUUCGAUGAUAAUGGAAAAGCUCUUUAAAUAAAUGGGGUUUUGUUUUUGUUUUUUUAGUAUUUACUUCUGGAAAUGUUGCAAAUGAUCUGUAUAUAGCUUAUAUAAGGUAAUAUCCCAUGUAUAGCAUUAGUUCUCAUAGGGAAUUUAUGAGACUGCAUUAUGUACUGUGUUUUCCUGCUAUAAUUCACACAGGAUGCACAAAGGAAUGUUUUGUGUGCUCAGCUCAGGGAAGCUGAAAUAUGAAUCCUGUGGUUUUUGGUCAGUUGCUUGAUGGUAUACUGUAUUUUUCCAUGUAUAACACGCCCCUAUGUAUAAGACGCCCCCUAUUUUGGGGGGACUCAAAAUUAAGAAAAUGGGGGGAGAUUGCCUCCAUGAAUAAGACUACCCCCCUUUUUUUAACAUUAUAUUUUAGUAAAAAAACAACAACCCCAUCUUAUACACAGAAAAGUACGGUAUAUUUAAAGACUAGACAAAACUCUUUUUUUAUCAGCAUGUUGGAAAUGUUGGGAUUUAAAUAAAGUCAGAAAUAUUGCUCUAUGUUAUCUUUUUGGUUAUUUUAAGAAAUAUUCCAAUUUACACCUGAAAUGAGUUUUUCCCUGACUGAAUGCUACCAGAUUUGUACACUUGAAAAUCUGACUACAACAAAGCACUCAUUCUUUCCUUAUGCUGUAGUUGAGAACUUGGAGAACGAUAUAGAAAAUUCCCCAGCAGGACCUCUUUCUGCUCUUUAGCACCAUUGAUACUGACAAGCUAUUUGUGCAAAUUCCCUUGAUUAAUUCUCCUCCUUGGCAGG